UCUUUUUUUAUUUGAUUAUUAUUCUUUUGGAGAGGCUGAAGGUCUCUUCUUCGCCGUUCUUCUCGGAUUCGUGUUGCUCUCAGUCAGAGUAAAGCCGCCUUGUGGUGGAGAGGGAGAGAGAGAGAGAGUGGCCACCAAUGGCGGAAGCGGAGCAGAAGGUUGCCGAUAACAAGCCAACUCUUCUGGAAGACUAUUUCGUGGUGCAAGAUCCGCCUAAGCCUACUGUUGAUUCUGGUGCUGGUGCAGUGAAGAUAAGUCAGGAGAAUGAGCAUCAAGAGAAAGUAGUAGAUGCAGUCAUAGAAACAAUGGAAGAAAAUAAAAUUGAUGCUGCUACACAAAUAACAACGGUGGAACCUGUUCCUGUUUCUGUUGACACUACUCCAGAAGUAGCAAUGGAGAAAGCUGAUCUUGUUGCUGCUGCAGAUGUAUCAGCAGAGAAACCUGAUCUUGUUGCUGAUGUUGUCACAGAAAUAACUAUAGCAAAUCCUGAUGAUGUUUCUGCAGAUGAAAGUAAUGAUGAUUCUGAGCCACAAGAAACUGAUGAUUCAGCGCCAGUUAUCAAGGUUGAGACAGCACCAGCAGACUUCCGGUUUCCUACAACAAACCAAACAAGACACUGCUUUACCCGCUAUAUUGAGUAUCACAGGUGCAUAGCUGCAAAAGGAGAAGAUGCUGCUGAGUGUGAUAAGUUUGCAAAGUAUUAUCGAUCUCUUUGCCCUGGUGAAUGGAUUGAUAAGUGGAACGAGCAGAGAGAGAAUGGCACAUUCCCCGGCCCGUUGUAAUAAAAGCUGCUGAAGCUGCAGUGAUUAAUUCGAAGGUUUUGCUACCUUAAAAAACCAACAAGUGAGGGGAUUUUCACAUAAUCUUGUUCCUAGCAACAAAAUAAGAACUUGGCCCCUUUUGUUGUUGCAGAACCACAGUUUUUGCAUUUAACUACCGGCAAAAAACAAAUAUAAAGAAGAGCUAUGAGCGUGUGCUGUAUGACUCACAUUCUUCUUUCUUUUAUGUAAUUAUGUCUGGACGGAUAAAGAUCCUUGCUGGGUUCAAAAGGCUGGACACGUCUUCUUCCUCGAGAGCAUUUCGAUGCGCUUGACAUCUUAUUAUAUCCUCCUUUGAAAUAAAUUUUGAUGCAUGACCUUAUGCGCAAA